AGACUGUCGUUUCGAAGUAGCUUUUGACACGUUCUUUCCUUUAACUACGGAUAAGCCGGUUUGACUAAAAAGUAUAAGCAUCAGUGAACCGCUCGACUAUUGAUUUUUACCAAAAGAUUUAUAAUGAAGCUGUUAUUUCUGUCAUCAAUACUUAGUUGUACAUUAUCUGUAAUACUUUGUAGUGAUGUCCUAGAUUUUUCCGGUGCCGAUUUCGAAGAUCGAAUAGUAGAACAUGAUGCAAUUUUAGUUGAAUUCUUCGCUCCUUGGUGUGGACAUUGUAAGAGAUUAGCACCUGAAUAUGACAAAGCAGCUACGGUAUUAAAAAAAGCUGACCCACCUAUACCACUAGCAAAGGUUGACUGUACAUCAGAUAAUGGUAAAGAUACAUGUUCAAAAUAUGGUGUAAGUGGCUAUCCUACUUUAAAGAUAUUUAGAGGUGGAGAAUUUUCUUCAGAAUAUAAUGGUCCUCGUGAUGCAGAUGGUAUCGUUAAGUAUAUGAAGGCUCAAGUUGGUCCAAGUUCAAAAGAACUUCAAUCUUUGGAAGAUGCAGAGAAAAUUUUAAAAGAUGAUAUUGUUGUGAUUGGUUACUUUGCUGAUUCAUCAAGUAAAUUAAAGGAAGAAUUCUUAAAAGCAGCUGAUAAACUCAGAGAAUCUGUAUCUUUUGCACAUACAUCUAGUAAAGACAUUUUAGACAAAUAUGGAUUUUCUGAUGAAAUUGUUUUAUACCGUCCCAAGAUCUUCUGGAGUAAAUUUGAACCCCAAGAAAUAAAAUAUACAGGUGAUGCAGAUAAAGGAGAGAUUUCUCAAUUUAUUAAAGACAACUACCAUGGUCUUGUCGGUCAUAGAACACAUGACAAUCACGAUGACUUUAAGGCUCCCCUUAUUGUUGUAUAUUAUGAUGUAGACUAUGUAAAGAAUGUAAAAGGCACUAACUACUGGCGUAACAGAGUAAUGAAGGUUGCACAGAACUACAAGGGACAAGUCAACUUUGCUAUUAGUAACAAAGACAAAUUUUCUGCUGAAGUUGAAGAUUUUGGUUUAAAAACUACAGGAGAUAAGCCUGUUGUUGCUGCCAGAAAUGAUAAAAACCAGAAAUUUAAUAUGAAGGAAGAAUUCAGUGUUGAAAAUUUUGAAACUUUCGUGAAAAAAUUUUUGGAUGGCAGUUUAGAACCACAUUUGAAAUCUGAGCCUGUUCCUGAAAAGAAUGACGGGCCUGUUAAAGUAGCUGUUGCCCAAAACUUUGAAGAACUUGUAAUGGAAAAUGACAAAGAUAUCUUGAUUGAAUUUUAUGCCCCAUGGUGUGGACACUGUAAGAAAUUGGCUCCUACUUAUGAAGAACUUGGUCAAAAGUUGGAAGGUGAAGAUGUGGAGAUUGUGAAAAUGGAUGCUACAGCUAAUGAUGUUCCACCUACAUUUGAGGUUCAUGGAUUCCCAACAUUAUAUUGGGUACCUAAAACACACAAGUCUAGUCCGAAGAAAUACGAAGGUGGCCGAGAAAUCAAGGACUUCAUCAAUUACAUUGCCAAGCAUGCUACAAAUGAAUUGAAACAAUAUGACCGAUCUGGCAAAAAGAAGUCCAAGGAAGAGCUAUAAGUUAACAUCACUCUUUUAGGAACUAUUUUUCAAUGUGCAUAGUUUGUGUUAAGCAUCAAUCAUGUUAAUCUUGUUACAUAUUAAUUGAACAAAUGUGGUUAGGCAUGUACUGAUCAUCAUCUGUUUAUUCGUUCCAAAUUGACUCUGUGGGACCUAAAGUGUCUUUUUGUAAUAAAACGUUUUUUUAUA